AUGGAGGGUUUUCUGAGUCAACUGACCCAUGGGAAUGCUUGGUUGUUCAUCAUAGUUCUGGGGAUUGGAGGAUCCUUUCAAAACGGGUUUCAUGUCACUGUCCUCAGUUCACCCUCACCAUAUAUCCAACGCUUCAUCAAUAGCAGUUGGUCUGGGAGACAUGAGGAGCGUGCAGCUUCACAGACGGUCACCCUCAUCUGGUCAGCUGUUGUGUCCAUCUAUGCUGUAGGGGGGCUGUUUGGCUCUGUGAGUGUUCGAAGUGUAGCUGAAGCAUUUGGGAGAAAGAGAGCCAUGAUUUACAACAACGUAAUAGGCAUUGUUGCUUCAGUGAUCAUGUUUACAAGCAAGGAUGCAAAUUCCUUUGAGAUGGUCCUAGUGGCACGAUUCCUGUAUGGAUUCACAGCAGGUUUAGGAGGAAACCUCCAUGUCAUUUACUUGGGAGAGAGUUCCCCCAAAAGGAUCAGAGGUUUAGUCAUUUUAACCUCAGCUACCUUUGUCUCUAUGGGUAAACUUGCAGGACAAGUUGUUGGUCUAAGGGAGAUUCUUGGCCGUGAGGACUUGUGGAACAUCCUCCUGUGCGUCCCAACAUGUUUCUCUGUUGUUCAGCUGGUCACCCUGCCCUUCUUUCCUGAGGCCCCCAGAUACUCAUUAAUAGAGAAGGGAGACACAGAGGCAUGCAAAAAAGCUCUUCAGAGUCUGUGGGGCGGAGGUGAUUAUAAGCGGGAGAUUCAAGAGAUGGUGAUGGAGCAGACUGCCAUUAGGGGGGUUCACUCCAAGAGCCUGUUGGAGCUGCUGAGAGACAGAAGUGUACGCUGGCAGCUGCUCACCAUGAUGGUGAUUUACGGCUGCAUCCAGUUCUGUGGCAUCUCGGCUAUCAGUGUGUUCUCCUAUGACAUCUUCCUGAACGCUGGUAUUCCCCAGGAUAAGGUCCGCUAUGUGACGUUGGGUGUGGGAGCGGCUGAGGUACUCACCUCCAUCACAUGUGGCCUGCUGAUCGAGAGUGUGGGGAGGAGGCCGCUGCUCUGGGGGGGCUUUGGAGCCAUGUCGGCCAUCAUGGUAUUAAUCACCGCCACGCUCAACCUCAAGGACCACAGCUACUGGAUUCCAUACAGCACUGUUGGCUUGAUAUUCCUCUUCAUAAUCUUCUAUAGUGGAGGACCAGCUGGAGUGUUGCCCUCUCUCACCCAUGAGCUUUUCAUCCAGUCAUGUCGGCCAGCAGCGUUUGUCUUCGUAGGUAUCCAGCGCUGGAUAGGCUUUGCUGUCCUGGGCCUGGCCUUCCCCUUUCUCCUUGUGGAGCUGCAGUCCUUCUGCUUCCUGCUCUUCUCCUGCAUGUGUCUGCUAGCCGGCUUCUACGUUUUCUUCAUCCUCCCGGAGACCAAAGGCAGAACCCUGCUGGAGAUCAACGAGGAGUUCCAGAACAUUCACUUGUGUGGGAAACCCCUCUGUGAUGAUAAAGCCAUAGAGACCAGAUUAUGAGGUGUCAGAGAUGAAGAACUGCUGGAAGAAGGGAACCAUUUUUAGGUGCUACUCAUGGCUCAUUUAUGAUAGGUUGAGUGUGAC